AUGGCACCUCUCGCAGAUCUCUCGUUCGGCCUCAUUGAACUGCGGCUCGGCAACCCUAGAAUUAUGCUCCUAACCGCCAUUGUUGCCGCGGUCGCAUGGAUGUCGGUUAGCCUUAUUCUGCGACGCAGGGAAAAAACGGGGGGCCGUUUUGUUCCAUCACCGGGCAAAACCUUGCUUCCAGAACUUCAAGAACAAGAAGCUGAGGAUCUACCGUAUCCACUCGACGCCCUACCUGGAGGCCGGGACGUGAUCACUCCAUACGGCUCGAUACGCGUUUAUGAGUGGGGUCCGGAAGGAGGGGAAAGAGUUCUCUUUGUUCACGGCAUAAGUACACCGGUAGUUUCUCUCGGGGACCUCGGACACGAAUUUGCUAACAAGGGUUACCGAGUAAUGCUCUUUGGUAAUUUGCGCUCCCCAAGAUCCUCAAAGCCAAAAGAUCAACACCAGAAAGGAGAUUUACUAACUGAUUCUGUCAUAGAUCUCUUCGGUCGUGGAUACUCCGAUGCACCCAAUGACCUCGACUACGAUGCGCGUCUCUAUGUAACGCAAAUACUGUUGGUUCUUGCCUCGUCGAAGUUGCCAUGGACAACGUUCCAUCUCAUAGGCUAUUCUCUCGGUGGUUGUCUCAGUGUCUCAUUCACGAGAUAUUUCCCGCAUCUAGUUAGGUCACUUACCUUAGUGGCAAGCGGUGGUUUAAUUCGACCGUACCACGUAGGCUGGCAAAGUCGUCUGCUCUACAGCUCAGGCCUCAUACCCGAAUUUCUGGUUAAAAUGUUAGUUAGGAAGAGAAUACGGCCUAAGCAUGAGCAACCGCAUUCAACCGCUAGCGGUGCGGAUAUCAUGUCUGCCGAGACUACGAAGCGCCUCCCAAAUGGAGACGGCGAUUCCAACGGCGGUGACGGGUUUGACAGUGCGGCCAUUUCAAAAUUUCGACCAGAUAUUACCGUGGCCUCGGUUGUAAGAUGGCAAGUCGACCAUCACAAGGGUUUUGUCACGGCGUUUCUAAGCACGAUAAGAAAUGCCCCCAUUUAUGCCCCCCAAGAUGACUGGAAGAAUUUAGCUAUGGUUCUUGAAACUAGGAGACGUCUUGAACAUGGUAAUAAGCCGGGGUCUGUAAAGGGGAUGCAUGCUGGGAAAAUCCUCAUGGUACUUGGAGAUGAUGACCCAGUUAUUGUCAAAGAUGAAGUAAUUGAAGAUGCAGAGCAGGUGCUAGGGCUUGAGGGUGUAGAGUUCGCAAUUUUACCUGGUGGCCAUGAAAUACCCUUCACAAUGAGCUCUGGCAUUGCGAAUGCGAUAGACGGGUUUUGGCAUAAAUUCCAAGAUAAAUUGGUAGAAAGUUAA